AUGAAGGCGAACGGCGGGGAAGGAAGAGAGAGAGAGAGAGACGGACGACUUGAGGAGGAGAAUGAGGAGAAGGAGGAGAAGGAAUAAGAGAGAUGCGGGUGGCGGAGGAAAAGGAGAAUGAGGAGGAGGAGAAGACGAGCGAGGAGCUCCUCGGUCGGCGCCGGGACCAAGCGGAGGAUGACCUUGGCGCGCGUCGUUAGGAUCCCGGUGGUCCUCGUGCCGCUGCUGCUGCUGGCGUUGCUGCUGCUCGUUGCGGACGGUUCGUGGGCGCAUGUUUAUCCCCGCGAGAUCAAGCCAGGAUGCAGAUACGAGGGUCGCCGAUAUCAGGAAGGAACGGCUGUGGGUACGUCCGAGCCCUGCCUGCGAUGCCGAUGCACCGAAGGUGCAUUGAGAUGCCGGCUACGGGUGUGCCCGCGACUGCCGAAUCCACCGCCGUCGGGCUGUCACAUUCGUGCACCGGCCGAGAAUGUAUGCUGCGCCGAGCUGGUAUGCGGCGAAUCACGAUGCCUGCACGAGGGGGUUCAAUACGGCUCGGGAUCGGCGAUGAUGGGCUCGCGCCGAUGCGAGUACUGCUAUUGCAUAUCCGGCGCGAGGAGAUGCAUCCGGCCGAAGUGUCUGCUGCCGCUGCCGGGAUGCACCCCGCUGUACACACCCCAUUCCUGCUGCCCGGUCGCCUAUAACUGCACUCACCACCAUCCGUCCACGAUGGCGCCGAUAUCGGGAAACGGAUGUCGCGUGGGCGAGCGCACUUACGCCGAGGGC